ACGUGUUGAAAAGUAGGGAUAGCAUAAUAUAAAGGACUCGACUUCAUCGUCAAUCCCGUUACAAACGUUUCAGCCAUUCACCCAGCAAGAAUGAAGCUUCUGUUGCCAGGAAUAUUUCUUUGUGCAAUUGGACUGGCCUUGGCCGACGUGGAAUCAGAAUUUAACGCUGCUAAAAUCGUGCCAGACAUAUUGGACAAAGCUCCUACUGAAUUGAUUGAGGUAAAAUUCGGAGACAAGGAAGUCAAUCUAGGAAAUGAACUGACACCAACGGAAGUCAAAGACAUUCCUGAGAUUCAUUACAAACACGAGGGUGGAGUACUCUACACUCUAGUGCUAACUGAUCCAGACGCACCGGUAAGAGGAUACAACAGAGAAUGGCAACACUGGCUAGUCGGCAACAUACCCGAGGACAAAGUAGCAAAAGGUGAAGUUCUGACAGAAUUCGUAAGUUCAGCACCACCAAAGGAUUCCGGUCUCCAUCGUUACAUCUUUCUACUCUACAAACAAAAUCAGGGCGCCAUUACCUUCGACGAGAGGCGUCUAAGCAACAGGGACAACAGAAGGAACAGAUUCUCCAUAAAAAAAUUCGCCGCAAAGUACAACCUGGAGGGUCCAAUCGCCGGCAACUUUUAUAAGGCCAAGUUCGACGACUACGUACCAACAGUUCACAAGCAGCUUGGAUUUUGAUCCAAUGAAACACUUUUGCUACAAUCAAUAUACUAUAAAAUAUGUCACAAUAUAAUUCUACGCAAACAAGUUAUCCAGCAUGUACGGUAGCGACAAACGCUCUGACCGUGAAUUAAAAAGUUGUAAACUUCCGCCUGGAA